UCAAAACAAAAGAAUUCCAAAUUGAUUAAAACUAAAAAGAAUAAAUAAAUCUUCAAAAUGGUUUCCGUUUAGAGGUUGAUUGGAUUGAAGGCCGCAUCCACCAGACCACAUAACGGACGAUUUAAAGAAACAAAAGAGAGAAAAAAAAGCGAAAAUGCGGAAAAAGAAAAAAUAUGUCGUCAACGGCCGGCCACGCGCUUAUCGCGUGAGAUCCCACGUGCUUUGAAUUGUCAAUGAGUAACCGCCCAAACCAACCCACGUGAACCCUCUCCGUUUGUGAAAUUCCCCCCUCUGGCUCUGCCCACCCACGCCGCAGUCAGCGACCCCACCCCACCCCUCCCUCUCUUCACCGAAUUUGGGCCGAAGCCGUAGCCGAAUCCGAGCCCCUUCCGACACUCUAACCAAACCAUCAUGACCCAACCCCCCCUCUCUCCCCCCCCCCCCCCCCCCCUCCUUCCGGUUCCGGCCCGCUACCUUUUCGGUUCCCUAUCCCUAUCCCCUAUCCCAUCCCCGGCGAUAUCAUCGCCUCGACCGCUUCACUCGCCGACGCUUCCUUUUUCUUUUCUCUUCCCCAUCUGCUUCUUCUUCUUCUCUCUUUCUCUUACUUCUCUUCUGAUUUCUCAUGGGUGAUCUAACCGAUUCUCUCACCCCUUCCUCUGCUAACUCUCGCCAAGUUCCCAUUCGCGAGGAUUGUUGGAGCGAGGACGCUACUUCCACUCUCAUCGACGCUUGGGGUCGCCGUUUUCUCGAGCUUAAUCGUGGAAAUCUCCGUCAGAAGGACUGGCAAGACGUUGCCGAUUCUGUUAACUCUCUCCAUGGUCUUACCAAGAAGACCCAUCGCACCGAUGUUCAGUGUAAGAACCGGAUCGAUACCGUUAAGAAGAAGUACAAGACCGAGAGGGCUAGGGUUUCUGCUUCCCAUGGAAAUUUCGUUUCCUCUUGGCCUUUUUAUGCUCGUCUUGAUGAACUCAUUGGCCCUACUGUUUCCAUGAAGAAACCCUCUUCUCCUCCUUUGGCUCUUCCUUUGCCCUUCCGUAAGACGCCUCCUCCUUCCGCUGCUGCUUCUUCUGCUGUUGUCGCUGUCUCUCAGAAGCGGUCUGCUGCUGCGAUGGAUCAUGUGUCAUUUCGGAGGAAUUACUCGGCUAUGGCGGCUGCUGCUGCUGCGGUUGCAUUGUCGGAGGAGGAGGAGGAUGAAGAGGAGGAGGAGGAGGAGGAGGAGAGAGUGAGCGACGAUGAAGAGGCGGAAGGGGAGGGUAUGAGUAGGUUGGCAAGAGCGAUUAAAAGGUUUGGGGAGGUGUAUGAAAGAGUGGAGGCUGAGAAAGUGCGACAAAUGGUGGAAUUGGAGAAGCAGAGGAUGCAAUUUGCUAAGGAUUUGGAGCUGCAGCGGAUGCAUAUGUUCAUGGAAACCCAGGUUCAGCUCGAGAGGAUUAAGCGAGGGAAGAAAUCAACUCCCAGUGAAUAUGUGUGCCUUGGAAAGUGUUUUCAUUUAUUUUCGUGCUUUUAAGAUUGGAGUAUACAACUGUUCCCAAGUAUCAGAAACUGGGCCAGAUAUGUAGAGGUAGCCGUGUGAGAAGGAAUGACAUUAAAACUUCAUUAGGUACAUACAAAUGGAAGCUGCUGAUAUUGUGGAGGAGAUGAUGAACACUUCUAAUUUUAAAUAUCACAAUGUGUUGGAAUUUAAUCUUGUGAAGUUAGCCAAGACCAACCCCCUUCCCCACUACUUGUAGGGAAGUUAGGGAGACUACUGUAAUCAACUUUUAGAUGUGAAAGCUAAUUUAAGACAAACUUUUUUUUUUUUAAUCUUCUACUAGUAAGAAUUCUCGUGGUGUAAUUCUGCUUCUUUAAAAAUCUUAGUUUUAAAGAUUUGGUUCGGGAAGUAGAUCUUGAACCAAUAUUACUUUCUUUA